AUAAAAUGACAAUUAAUUUUCAUCUCUGGUGAAAAAUCGAAGAAACUAUUGGGAAAAAAGUGAUGAAUUACUGGAAAUCACCCAACAAACGACGGUGCAUAGCUGGGGGCAAAGGAAAAUAAUAUUUGCCGGAGCCAUAACGUGGCGGAUCGGUCGAAAUAAUUGGUUUUAAUUGGAAAUUCUCUGCAUUUGGCCCCACAUGGAUGGUUGGGAUGGUGGAGCAUUCGCGAAGGAAAAUUAUCCAACCGUGAUUUGCCAGAAUAAAUGUGCUGAGAGAGACUUGCAGGAAAUUGUCGAUGAAAAUGGGAAAUUUGCGAAAUUCUAACGAACGAAUUUGUGGAAAACGGCAAUAACUUUGUGUUUCUUUCUUUUUUUUUGGCUGAAUGGAAAGGAAAGCAGCCGUUGGUGGACUUUUUGUUGUGAUUGUUGCAAGUUGUAGGUUACAUUAUUGGCCGGUUCGAUGUUAACCGUGGGGUUUGAAUGCGCUGCUCGUUGCCAACAUGUUGUGUGUCUGACAUGUGUCUGACUGUCUGCUUGGCCAUUGGUUGUGUGUGUUUUUCUUUCGUUGACGUCGUUCGUCGCCAAUGAGCUACAAAAAAAUUUGUUUAAAGCAAGUUUCUUCGUCGUCGGUCGUGCGUUUUGUAUUGAAUUAAAAUCGGGUUCAGUAGAAGAAAUUUGCAAAAGAUUUCGUCAAAAAAAUGUGCGAAUUUAUUGCAAAAUGGAUGCGAAAAUCUUCCAUGAUCUCUCCAAUUUUCUGAAUUAAAGAAAUAGAAAAAAAAUUUAAUUCAAUUAUCUGGAAAGGCAGAAAGAAAUAUAGAAAAAAAUAAAUAAAGAAAAAUAUGUGGAAAUUAUUAGUUUUACUGAAGAAAACUUGUGUUCUUUUUUAAAAAUAAAAUAAAAAAUAUAUAUAUAAAAAAAUCAUAAUUCUUCAUAAUAAAUUAAAAAAAAAAAAUAUAUAUAUAUAUGUAAGCAAGUUAAAUAAUAAAAAAUAAUCUAAUUAAAAAAUAUAUAUAUCUCUAAAAUAUGGGCCGCAUCUUAUAAGAAAAAUCAUUAAAGUGGUUAAAAUAAUUAUAAAAAAAUAGUUUUUAAGGCUUCAAGCUAAUAAGAAAAAAAAAAAAAAAAAGAAAGAAGAAAAAAUAUUUAAGUGUAAGAAAAUUUGUUUUUUUUUCUGGAAAAAUAAUUUUCUAAAUGUAAAAAAAAAACGUAAUAAAUAAUAUAUAAUAUUAUUGCCCAAAUAAUUAUAUAAAUAAAAAAUUAAAAAUACAUCAGUGCAAAAAGAGAAAAAAAAUCAAUUUUUAAUCUAAAGGCAAGUGGAAAAAAGCAGAGCAAAAAAGUAUAAAAAAUAAAGAUUAUUACAAAAAUGUGUUGAAAAGUUGUUGGCCGCUGCGAAUAUUACAAGGCUCGUGUGAAAAAAUCCAACUCACAGCCUAAACGACCCGACCGCCCACUCGCCGCAAGGACAGCAAGAACUCUUUAACUCCCUAUCAUCUCCAUACCGCCACACACACACCCCCAACCACAUAGAGAAGGGAGAAAUAACAUUGCGAAUUUUGUUCUUGCUACGAUGCCAAUGAUGCAGCUCGAUCGUCCAGGAAUAUAAUAGAACCCCCACCCCAAAAACAACAACAACAAAAACAAAAAUUAUUUCUAUGAAUUUCGGCAUGAAAUGGAAGCAGCCAUACGUUCAUCAGUACAGGUUGGUGGUCCUCAGCCGCCACCUAAUGGUGGUCAAAGUCAACAGCAGCAGCAACAACAACAACAGCAACAUCAACAGCAGCAACAACAGCAGCAGCAUCAACAUCAUCAGCAUCAACAACAACUUCAUCUUCAUCAUCAUUUACAACAACAACAACAGCAGCAGCAACAGCAACAACAACAAAAACAAUCUGUUGAUAAUGGACCAACGUCCCAACAACAGCAGCAGCAACAACAACAGCCACAACCACCCUCACAUCUUUCACAGCAACAGUCUCAGCAGCAACAACAACAACAGCAGCAACAAGCUGCCGCAAAUAUGUCAACCUAUCAGCAACAGCAAAGGAUACCCGCUGGUGCAUCACCAAUUCAUAGGCCAAUUGCCGACACCUCAGCAUCAUCGUAUACCCAGGGCGUCAGUGGAGGCCUGGGGCCUCCACAUCACAAAAGUAUGCAACAACACCAGCAAGAGUUAGAUGCUCAGAAAAUGCAACACCGCGACAAGCAUGUGCAGGAACGUAUGAAACAAUUGUUGGAAGAUCAGCAACGGCGACAGCAGCAGCAUCAGCAGCAACAACAUCAUCAGCAACAGCAGCAUCAGCAACAGCAGCAACAACACCAGCAGCAUCAACAGCACCAGCAACAACAGCACCAGCAACAACAGCAUCAUCAUCACCAACAGCAGCAGCAGCAGCAACAACAACAACAGCAGCAGCAGCAACAACAACAACAGCUUCAACAAAAAUCCUCACGUUCGGCAGCUAGUCCAUUGUCACCGCCACGGCCUGGACCCGGUUCGCAAGCUGCUGCCAAUGCCUAUGCCCAAUACACCGAUGUCAAUGCUGUUCGUGAAGCCCCAAAUCGCUUCAUUCUGCAGAGUCCCUAUGGCCUUGGUCCGGGAGCUCAGUAUCGCGAUAGUCCAUACACUAGAAUAUCAACCCUGCAAGCUGUGCAUUCAGAUUACCGCAUAUCAGGAGCCUUGGCCGCUGCAGGAGGCGUACCACCACCCGGCAGUACUGGCGUUGUUCAAGGUCUUACGCUACCUCCUGUUAGCAUUAGUGCAUCUCAUGGUCUGGAUACAUUGCAUUUUGCCCAUCCACCUGCGACUCAUCAAGGCGUAUCAACUGGGUCAACGCAAUUGCUUAGCAGUGCUCCGCCCAGUUCGGCGACUGGAUCUAAUUCGGGGUUGCCCGGUCCCAGUAGUUCACCACACAAUGCCAACAAUAUUUCAGCGGCGGGACAGCUGCAGCAACCUCCGCCGCCGGUGAGUGGUAGUGGGGGCAGCAUAAUGACUGGCGGUGGCAAACGCAUGGUCUUGUCCACUCUUCAUCGCCAGCAACCACAAUAUUCCAAUGCUGAUUAUCUUCUGGGUACUGCAGCUGCAGUAGCUGCCGCCAAUGCCAACGCCAUGACGGCCAAUCGAGGGCACGGUGGACAGCCUCAGGCUCCUCCACCAGACCCGGGCGGACAACAGCCCUACAAGAAGCUGAGACUGAGUGAUGUUACAAAAAGCAUUACUAAUUCUUCAAAUCACCUGCCACCUACAACACAUCAAGUACAGAAUGUCCAACAACAACAGCAACCACCUCCGCCUAGUCAACAACAACAGCAACAUCAGCAGCAGCAACACCAGCAUACACAACAGCAACCUCCGCUGCCACAACAGCGUCAACCCUCACCGGCAGUGGGUCUGUCAGCAGCUCUAUUAGCAGCUCAGAGUGCUGCAGUUGCUGCGAACGCAAUGCGAUCCACUUCUACUGACCACGUUAGCCAUCCAUCGCUGCCUCCACACACGCAUUUAUCGGUAUUGCCACCGACUCACCUAACCCCGCAACCUCCACAGCAGGUACCUUCUCAACAACAGCAGCAGCAUCAACAGCAACAACCUCCACUCCAACCUCAAGCGCCUGUGCCUGCCCCACCCUCAGCGUUAACAAUGCAACAACUGAAAGUGGAGACACAACAACUGCCUCCUCCUGCGACAGUGCCCACACCUCCAAUGAAUAGGGGAACACCAACUUCGCUGGCGAUAAAUACAGCAUUGAAUGUAAUAACAAAUUCCACCACAACAUUGGGAAGUAAGACAUCAUCGUCCGCUACAUCUGCGGCUGCUUCUGGUCCUACAUCAAACUUUUCAACCUCACCAUCAUUACCAGCUGCUGCAAGCGCCAGCACAAGUGCAACGACAAAUACCGCUCCCCUUACGUCGUCUUCGACGGAAGCUUAUCAUCCCCAAGUGGAGGCGAUAUCACCUACGCUGCCAGCCGACAAUGCCGAGGAUAGAGGACGCACUGCCAAAGAAGAUCUAUUGAUGCAAAUCCAAAAGGUGGACACAGAGAUCACCGGGGCCGAUAGCUCCUUGGAAUCACUGCGGAAGAAGGAGAAGAGUUUACUGGCCGCAGCCAAACAGAUACAGGAGAAGGCCGAGGCGGCAAGGAAAAAAGCUUUGGCCGAUGUCGAAGACGAUGCCGCCAAUUCGUGGCGUACUCAAACAUUGGCCCAAAAAAUCUACAUGGCGAACCGUAAAACGGCCGCCGCACAACAUUCCAUACUCGACAACUGUGGCGAACGCAACCUGUUACCGUUGUACAACCAGCCCUUAGAUGUAGAACAUCUGACGACUCUGCUGCAACGCCAUCAGACCACAAUAAAAGCCCCACUGCUGGAGUACAUACGCAAAAUAAAGCACGAUCGCCAUGUACACCGCACCAAGCUGGUGGACACAUAUGCCCAAAUGUCUGCCGAGUGGCAGAAGCGUGUAGACAAAUCGGAAGCGAGCGCCAAGCGCAAAGCUCGAGAAGCUAAAAAUCGGGAAUUUUUCGAAAAAGUCUUUACGGAAUUGCGCAAGCAGCGCGAGGACAAGGAACGAUUCAAUCGUGUCGGUUCGCGCAUUAAAUCCGAAGCAGACUACGAAGAAAUUAUGGACGGCCUGCAAGAGCAGGCUAUGGAAGUGAAGAAGAUGAGGUCGUACGCCAUUAUACCACCGAUUAUGUAUGACGCUCAUCAGCGCAAAUUUGUCUAUCACAAUGAGAAUGGUCUCGUCGAAGACAUGGUGGCUGUGCACAAGGAGCGAGGCGCCUUGAAUGUCUGGACAACCGGUGAGAAGGAGAUUUUCAAAGAGAAAUUCCUGCAACACCCCAAAAACUUUGGGGCGAUAGCAGCCAGCCUGGACCGAAAAUCGGCCCAGGACUGUGUUCGUUACUACUACCUCAGCAAAAAGACCGAGAAUUACAAGCAGCUGUUGCGAAAAUCGCGACAGAGAACCAGAGCCUCAAAGACGCUGCAGAAGACACAACAGCAACAGACUCAGUGCAUCAUAGAUUCGCUGACGACAGGUGUUACAACGAGAUUGCAGAGAGAACAGCAGCAGAAGACCGGUGGGCGGUCAGCUGCUGCAGAAAGAGAGCGCGAGAGGGCUGAACGAGAAAAAGCAGCUGAGAAAGCAGCAGCAGAGGCGGCCAAAGCCGCAGCCAAGGCAGCAGCAUCUGCUGCAGCUGCCAAGAACGAGACAACAUCUAAUGUUGAAACAGUCUCCCCAGGCAUAGCUGCGGCUGACACAACCACCAGCGCAUCCACCUCGGUGAGAACGAAGAACAAAGGUUCGAGUUCAAGUUCGACGCCGGGUGGAAACAAAACGGCAACGACGACGACUUCAACAGACAAACCAUCAAGCGAAGCCGGGACGACCGAAACGACGGCAUCCACUGGAACUGCAGCUAAAACGAAAGCAACAUCUGCGGAAACGUCUGCUGAAGGCAAUGUGGAAGAUACAAAAGCAUCAGAGACGACAGGGGGAGUCCUAGCAAAAGAGGACAAGAAAACCGUGGAUACAACGGCGUCCUCGGUAACGACGUCUGGUGGUGAUCAGAUUUCUGCUGUACCCAAGAAGCUCGAGGAUAGUGGGUCAGUUCCCACCACUACCACCAGCAACCCGCAAGUAUCGACGUCAUCUUCGACGACUGUUGUUACAACAAAUACAAAUUCAAAUCAUCCGCCCUUAUCAACGCCCAAUGGCAUCAAAACUUGUUAUGCUGUUGCAAUGGCAGCUCCAAGUGCUACAGCUACCCCAAUUUUGGCACCAUCUGUACCAUCUUCCACGACAGCAACAGGAACAGCAGUUGCAGCGACGACAGGUAUCAACAACGAAGACAAACCGGCGUCAUCGUCCACAACUGGCAAUGACAAACUAUCCACGGGCAGCAGCAGUAAUGGUAAAAAUGCCGCAGCCGGAACGCCAAUGGAUGCUGCAAGCGUUGCCGCCGUCGCCACCAGCAACAAAACAAGUACAUCCAAUAAUGUUACUACACCGACUACCUCAACAACGGCUGGCAAUUUCUUGGGCCAAAAGCUAAAAGUAGCACAGGUCGAAAGUCUUAUGGGUGCUGGUGCUGCAAGUGCCGCAUCAACAAACAAUGACUGCAACUCAGAUGUUAGUGAUCCCAAAAAGAAGCGUCUGGACUUGGACGGUUCUUCUGCAACAAGUUUAUCCAAAACACAAAACAAUGCUACCACCACCAACACCUCAAUCAUCAUUAAUCAACAACAACAGCAACCUCUGUCUAAUGCUAGUAAUACAGCAACAACAAGUAGCAAUCCUGCCAAUAACAAUAGCAAUGCCAAUAAAAACAACAAUGCAAAUGAUAUCGCCUUGGGUUCCGGGCCUGCAUGUCAUACCGUUAAUCUAUUAGGUACGGCAGCGCAGGCAGCAGCUGCAGCCUCAUCAACCAAAUCGUCGAAUGUUACGACUCCAAUCCACGGUGGUGCAGCGUUGACACAUUCCGUCGCAACAUCAAAUUCCUCCACCGCAAAUAGCAACAACAACAACAAUACAACCAAUGCAUUAUCAUCAUUAUCGAAUGCUGGCGGUGUAACGACCACAAUAUCAUUGGUGGGCGGCGAUGUGAAUGUCAUCGAUGGUAAAGAUAAACUCGCCACCUGUUUUGUUUGUAAAGCUGAAAAUUGUCCCCGCACUCGCCCACUUAAAAAGGGUCGUGGUCAACAGUAUGGCAUAUCCGAUGAUACUAUACCAGUUGGUGCACGUGUCUGCAAUACAUGUCAAUGCAAAUCGGUGCGCACUCGUUAUCCCAAUUGCCCCCUACCGACCUGUCCCAAUCCCAAAGAUCGUGCCAAACGUUUGCAUAAUAUACCAGCCCGCCUUUACGAACUGGCGCCGGAUGUCCGCGAUCCGAUUAUGCAAGAAUUCCAAAUACCUGCCCAAGCAACGCGUUGCUGUUCGGCUUGUCUGAUGCGGAUUCGUCGCAAAUUGGAUCCUCACAUAAAUCUAACGGACGAAGAACGACGUACAGAGGGCGAUGAAUCGGAUGUCAGUACGUCGUCGUGUGAUGAACGCGAACCAGGCGGUAGCGAUACUGCAUCUGUGGAGAGUCCGGAAAAUCCUCAGCGUCAUAAUUCGCUAGCCAAAGAUCUUGGGCAAAAGCCAUCUGCACAAUUGCUUGGCAGCGUGCAACCAGCAGCAACGGCUGCCGGAGGUAUAUCAACUGCCAGCUCGGCUGGUGGUAUUGGAAACAGUUCAAGCAAUCCAGACACUACCACGCCCACUGGAAGUGGUGGCGGCGGGAGUGGUGCUGUUAGUGCUAAUGCUGGUGUUGGUUCCCAAUCAGUAACAAUUAUCAAGUCGGAUGAACGUUUGCUGCCACCAUUGGGCCAUGCCCCCAAGAAACAAAAGACUUCCGAGGAAUAUGACUCCUCGGCCACAGAAACCGCCGAUGAAGAGAACGAAAAUUCUCCAGCCAAUCGUCAAAGUCCCAAAAUGAUAUUGAAUAACACGAAUAGUAGUAGUAGCAGCAGCAAUUCUGUUGUAGUCUCCUCUGCCACUGGACCAAGUGCAGUAAACCUGCAGGGCUUUCUCUUCUCAGUUAUUGAGCAUUCGCUCAAACAGAAAGGUCCACCUCCAUCUAAGCCAUCCAAUCAACCUCCGUCAAAUCAACUGCCUAAUUCUGCAAUGACUAAAGCUCAGCAGCCGCCUAUGCGUCUGUCCGUCGAUUCGUCGCCCAACAACAGAAUUCGUAAUGAUAUUUUAGGCGGAAGCUCUGCUAAUAACAAUUCAAAUAACAACAGUAGUAACAACAAUAGCAGCAACAAUUCCAAUUCCAAUAAUGAUGUAAUGCUAGUUAGAGAAUACCGCAACGACGGAUCCAUUAAACAUCAACCUCAGGCUCACGGUCAACCGAUAGUUGCCAGCGGCGGUGGCAUCGGCAAUGCCGAUAGUGGAUCGACUCUAAAUUCCGUACAAAACUUAAAUGUACGACAAUCACAAAAACAAGCGCCACAAUCUGCUGCAAAUGCUCCAGGCCAUCCAGAGAAUUUGGCCACCCUGUCAGUGGUGAACUCUUAUAUACCGGGUCAGCAUUUGAUGCCUCCAGGAGGUCCAGGUGGUCUAAUGCAUCACCAACAGCAUGACAUUAAGGCCACAAUUACUCCAGUACUAAAGUCAGGGAAAACAUCGACGCCGCCGCAUGUGGUGCCCGGCCCGCCUCCUGAUGCCAUUAUUUAUGCUACAUCUCGCAACAACGAACCGGAGCCACAAACAUUGGAUCUGUCUAUAAAGAAACCAUCACGGGAUGGUCCUUCUCCCCAUAACUCUUCGUCGCUAAAUGCGUCAUCGUCGUCCUCGUCUGCAACCGGCGUGGGUGGUGGCAGUGAGAGCGGCCUCUCGCGACAUCAACAGCCUCAAACAAAUACGGCAGUUAAACAUGUUGGCAACGCUCCCAGCAUAUAUCGUGGUUCCGAUCCCACUCCCCUCAUCGGAGCUCCGAACAAUCACGCGUACCUUUUUCAUCCUCACUCAGCGAGUGUCGGUGUGGGUAAGGUUCCACCACCGGGAUCUCUUUAUGUGUCACAAGUACCUGUCCCCAUUCCACCCACCAUACCAGUAAGUAGUGGUUCGGGACGUGGUGGCCCAACUUCUCAAGCACCGCCUUCACAACCUCCGCCAUCGCAUAUGCAGUUGUCGAGUCAACACAGUAAAGGCGUGGGAGGCCUUAAUAAGAUGCCACCAAAAUUGAGUCCACAACUUAUACAUCCGCCCAGUUCUCACGGGCAGGCGCCGUCGCCUUCACAACAGCAACAACAACAAUUGUUGGUCGGUCCCAAGGGUUCGAUUACCCAUGGUACACCCGUCAGUAAUGCCGCUCAACAAAUCAUUGUGCACUCGGCCACUGCUGGAGCAACACUAAGUCCCAAGUUUGACAACUUGCUGCGUCAAACACCUCCAUCGGGCGCUGGUGGGCCAACAGAGAACAACAAACUUGGCUCCAUUACCCAGGGGACUCCCAUUCACUUGCCGGCCCCUUUGGACAGCAAGCGAGCUUACGAAUUUGCUUUCAAGCCGUCACAGAGACAAAGUCCAGCCCAGCAACAUCACCCACCACCGCCGCCGCAGUCGCAACAACAAUCGUCUCCACAGCCGCCACCACAAAACGCCUAUGCUGUUGGCAGCUAUUCGAGAGCACCCUACACCGUGGAACAGUCUCCGGUACUGAGCACCAGGCAGAUUGUUAUGCACGACUAUAUAACGUCACAGCAGAUGCAGGGACAGCAGCAACGCAGUGUGCCCAGGAGUGGUAGUGCUAAUUCGACGGGGGCCCCAGGAUCUGGAAAGGAAUCACCGUCGCCACGCAACAGCGGAAGCGGUCUAGUAUAUUAUGAUAAGGAUAGGGGCCGUACAGAGUACUCUAGCAGAGAAUCACCAGCAGAACACAGCAACAGUACUCCCAGUCCACAUCGUACUCCACCACCGCCUAGACAAGGUGUUAUCCAACGCCAUAACACUGGCGGUUCUAAACCACCAUCACCUGCAGCACCACCCCAAGGUCGGAUGCAUGUUGUGAUGUCGCACAAUUAUCCGCCAGCCGGUCACGAUGCAUUCUCGUCAUUCGUUGAUCUGGCCGUACAGCAGCCACAAUUGCCGGUGCCCUCACAGAAAGAUGACAAGUCCUCGUCAUCGGCAACUUCGGUGACAUCGGGUCCGCCGCCACCGCCUUCAUCUUCGGGCCAGUCGCAGCAACCACCGCCUCCCACACAUCACGAUGCCAUCCGCUAUCAAAUGAAUCGUGAACAACACAUAGCUGUCCUUCAUCACCAACAACAAGCCAUGGCUGUUGCAGCGGCCCAACAGCAGCAGGCUGCACAACAUCAGUACAGGCAGCAUGCUGAUAUGCAACGCCGCUACAUGGAACAGCAGGCGAAACGCGAUCGUGAUAUGCAAUUGAAGAGACAAGAACGCGACCGCAUAGAACGGAUGCACGCGGAACGGUUAGAUCGUGAGCAACGAGAUCGUGAAAGAGAACGCGAGCAACGAGAUCGUGAAAGAGAACGCGAGCGUGAUCGAGAACGAGACCGCGAAAGAAGGGAACAAGAAAGAGCUGCCGAAGAACGAGAGCGUGAUGGCAGACGUAUGGAACGUAUCUACGCAGGUAAUGCAGUAACCGCAGCGGCUGUUGCAGCUGCUGCAGGUGUCGCUGGGCCCCAUUACAUACGUGGCCCACCCGAUUCAGGACCACCGCGAUCGAUACCAGAUCGUGAAAGAGACCCAUACCACAGAGACCUAAGACAUCAAGGGCAACCGCCAACCGAUGCAACGCUGUCCGCCCAGAACUUAAUAGAUGCAAUAGUUAUUCAACAAAUGAGCCAAAGGAGUACAGAGCCCGGCAGCCUGAGUGUCAAUCGCGAUUUGCCCAGAAGUGGAUUUUACAAUUCUCGUGACAUUGGUGCCCCACGACAUGCGUCCAAUGUGAUAUCCUCCUUACAGGCCGCGGAGAAUAAUGGCAAAUCCUCUUCGCCGAAUGUUAUUAAUAUUGAUUUGGACAACGAUCGGGCCAGUGUCGGAUCCUCUUCAUCGAGCGGUGUACCUGGCAGCAGUGUUCAACACGAAUCGACACAAAACGCCCGUAAUGUUCGCAACAGUGGACCACCACCACCCACAUCACAAGCUCCCCCUUCAUCGCAAUCGUCGCAAAUGCGAACGAAAAAUAUAACUUUUGGCGAAUUGGCCGAAACCAUUAUAACGAACGACUACGGCACGGUUCCCAUGCAUUUCAGGCCUGCUCCACAUCCAGCCAAUUUUAUGCCCUAUAUGCAGGAUGCUCAGAGCAUAGUAACCCCGGAUAGAUGGAAAAUGAAUAGGCGUGUGCAAAAAGAUGCGGAAGCUGCUGCCGCCGCGGCUGCAUCAAAGGCGGGAUGUCCACCUAAUUCCCAAUCAAGCGUAAAUUCUAGUUCUGGCCCUGGCACGCCGACAAACAGUGGUGGACGUUCCACUACACCCGGUGAUGAUCGUAAUAUUAUACGAAUGCCCCAGGCGGUGAGUCCACGUAAAUAUCUGCCGGAUUUCAUGGCACAUGAAUACCAUUACCAACAACAACAGCAGCAGCAGCAGCAACAACAGCAUGGUGCCCCUCCACCGGGUGCAAGCCAUGGUUCGUCUCUGAUGAGGCAGUCGCCCUAUGAUUCAGGACCGGGCAGUUCGGCUGGUGGUUCAUCAUCCUCAGCGCCACCAUCACAGGUUGCGCAAAUUCACACAUUCGAUACCAUGAAGUAUGUGCAUGAUCGGAUACAGGUGGUAAUGCGAACAGAAGACGACCACCGGGCCGGUGGUGGUGGCGGCCCAGUGGCCAAUGAUCACGACCAUCGUCUCAAGGAUAGCCAUGAGCCACGUAAAACACCAAAUCAAUAUGAUGAGAGAGAUAGUGGAAGACAUUCGGCUAGCAGUGAUUCAUCGCAUCCCUCAAGCAAGGGCGGCGGUGCUGGAGGCGCUGGCAGUGGUGGAGCUGUUGCCUAUCAACAGACCCCUGUGACAACAUUUGCAGCCACAACCUAUGCGUAUCCCUACAGUGCGUUGAAUGUACCCAGCUCGGCCGGUGGUUUGCCGCCACCACCACAAAUGAGUCUUAAUGCAGCCCACCAAAUGCAAAGUAGCGCUGCAGCAUCGGCACACAAACAGCCAACACAUAUUUUGCAUAGCAGUGGCGGUGGGGGGGUACAUGAUGCUGGACCCAAUUCGGUGGUAAGCACGACGUCCGGCGGCGGUGGUGGCGGCGGCCCCGGUGGUGGGCCUGGAGGCGCAUCAAAUGAACCCAAACCUUUGCUUUCGGCUCAGUACGAAGCCCUGAGCGAUGAAGAUUAGUUGUGACUUCAGGCGUCUGCUGUCGCCAAUGUAAGAUAUCAUCAUCAUCCCAAUCAGCAGACGCAUCAUCCUAAACAACAACAACAACAGCAGCAGCAACAGCAACAUUACCAUGUGACAACCCAAGCCAAUAGUAGUAGAUAUAGUAGUGAUGAACAACAACAACAACAGCAGCAGCAACAACAACAACACAAUCGUAUACGUAGUCACAAGCAGCCCCAAAUGCAACAACAGCAACAUUAUCAGCCGGCAACGCAACUCUUACACCCACAAGCGUCGUCUAAUCCACAACAACAGCAGCAGCAGCAGCAACAACACUACUUUCAGCAACAGCGUACAGUGUAUAAAAGCCACGACUUAACCAUUGAACAGCCGCCGCAUCCAUCCCAAAUGCAACAACAGCAACAUUAUUCUCACAACAUGCAACAACCAUUGCCGCCACUGCAACAGCAACAACACUCAUUUAAUGGUAAUCUGAAAAAUAACAACAAUCUCAAUGCAAACAAUAACAACAAUCGUUAUUUUUAAGACAAAACAAAAAAAAGAACAACACUUUAAGAAACAAUAACAGGAAUCGUGUAUAUGUGUGUUGUAAUUGGCUUAUUAUCACCAUAUAGAUAGAUAUUGAAACAGCAAACUACAUUUGAAAAAGAAAUUUAAACCAAUCCAUGUGCUUUGCAAAACUUAAAAUUGACUCGUAUUUUUUCAUUCUGCAAAAUGGGAAUUAUUUCGCUUUGUUUUCUUUUUUUUUUAGUUACCUUUUCUACACUGUGUGUUAUAAUCAUCUAUGAUGCCCCAAAAAAUAUAUACUGACAAGAUUCUUUAAAAACGCUUAUCAACAGCAAACAUAAAUGUAUAUUUUCUUAUUUUUAUUAAUUUUCAAUGACUUUCCUUAAAUUGUAAGUUUUCUUUUCGUUAAAACAAAAAACACAUAUAACACGCAGAAAGAAAGAAUUUUGUUUAUAAUUGAAAACUGUAAUAGUAAGGAAAAAUAGAGCAAAAAUGCAAUGAUUACAAAUUAUAUUUAAAUAUAAAUAUUUAUUAAACAAACUACAAAUAAAUUUCUUUAUGUAAAGUUGAAAAAACAAUGCACAAUGUAUUGGAUAAAUUAUUUCGAUACUUGUGUGUAACUUUGUCAUCGUUUGUGUUCAAAAACUGGACACAUAUUCUGUGCAAAAUUUUAACCUUUACCGACAGUUGAGAAAUGAUGUUUUCUAAUGUGAAUGGUUUAUGUUUUUCGGUCAUUUCUUCUCUAAUAGAAUAAAUAUAUUUUCCGACGAUAAAAUUUGUCGUGUUCUUUGGUAUUUAUUUUCAAUAUCAUUUCUUAUUAUUGUUAUAAAAUCAGAAAAGAGACGUUAAUUUCGACGAAAUCUAAAAAAUAAUAUUUUCAAGAAUUUUUUUUCCGUUAGUUAUCAGAAUAAUGUUUCUUUAUCUAGAAAGCUUUCAAGAUCUUUGUUUCCUUUUCAUCUUUCAAGUUAAAAUUUGUGUGACUUAUAUUGGAUAAGUGGUUGGCCAAUAAACAUGCACAGAAUUAGAAAAUUUGAUUUGUUUCUUUUGUUGGAUUUAUUUCGUAUUUAAAUUUAACAUUGAACCAAAUGAAAAGCAAGAAAAUUAAAUUAAAUGUUAAAAACUGUUGGCUGCUUUUAAAUAGAUAUAUAAUAUCACAUAAAUGGAUGGAUGUAAUGUUUUCUGUCACAUGAUAACAAAAAAAAGCAACAAGUUCUUUUUUCACACAGACAUUUGUUGGAUGGUUGACCAAAUCUUGGUUUAUAGAAACGAAGGCGAACAUUAAUGUCACCAUUCAUAGAAAGAAAUGAAACCACUUUAACAAAAACUACCUAUUUUUACAAUGAAAUAAUACACACAAAUCAAUAUAAACAUUAAAAUAUACCUAUAACAAAAACAACAACAAAACCGCUAAGACUAAUGCAUUACACCUCUUAACAGGAAAGUAAAAAACUAAAAACAAAAACAAAAAAAAACAACAGAAUGCAAGUAAUGAAAAACCGACACUUAAAAAAUGUACAAUAUUAUAAUAAAGCAUACAAUAAAUAUAUACUAUACAUAUACAUAAUUAUAUAGUUUUUCAUAAUUAUAAAAUGAUAAAAGUUAAAAUAUAAAAAUAUAAAAAUAUUCUUGACAUACAAGCAAAAUGUUAAAGGAAUAUACAUUUGCAAAAUAAAAAAAACAGACAAAAAAAUAUAUAUAAAAAAUACUACACACUGUAAAAUUCAGUUGAAAAGUAACUUUUAUGCUGCAUAUACAACAAAUUAAAUUAAACUAAUAAUAAACAGUGUUUUCUUUCAUUUUAAGUCAAUACUAUAAGAUUUAAUGAAACAAAUAUAUAAAUAUUAUAAUAUAAUUAUAUAUAUACAUACAAUUACAAAAUAACCUUAUACAGAAAAUAUAUAGAUAUUUAAAAUAUAAAAAACAACAACAACAACACUUUAACAAACAGAAAUGAUCUUUGCAUUAUAAAAUCUUGUUUUUAAGUUCGUUUAAACUUGAAUUACUUGAGUAACAAAAAUUACAAAAAAAAAAAUCUAAUGAAAAUAAAUAACAAAAAUUUAGUUUGUAAUUUUGCCUUAAGUUCUAAGCUUAAACAUAAAACAAAACAAAAAAAAAUAAAAAAUUCUAAAAAAAACAAUUCAAGUAAAAUCUGUCAAGAUAUAAGAGAACCAUGUAUAAAAAUUCAGAAUAGUUAUUUAGUUUAUAAAUAAUUGAUAAAAAAAAAUAAAACAAAAACAAACAAAAAAAUAAAAACAUUGCAAAACCUAUAAAUAUAAAAGUAAUAAAAAUAUUAGCUUAAUAUAAUUUUAUUAUUUCUAACAUUAAAAGAAAUUCAUUAUUUUCUAAUAAAAGAAUUGUUCCCUUCGAUUUUUUAUAUAUAUAUAUUUAAAAAAAAAUAAUAAUUCAUCAAACUAUUUAAAACACAACAAGAAGUAAUAAUAACAAAUUUAAAUAAAACUGUGUUUUUGUAAUUAUAUUUAAUAAUAACUGUCCUUCCCCUUCUUAUAACUCGAAGCUAAACGUAAGAAACAAAAAAAUAUAAAUUUGAUUUAAAUUGUUUUUUUAAGAAUUGUAAUUUUUUUAGGUUAUAACUAUUAUUUUUAUUAUUAAUAAUUCUUUUUUACCUACUACCUAAGUAGCAGAACCAGAUACAACUGAUGCUUUAUGACUUCUAUUACACAUAAAAUAAAUGAACAAUUUUCAAUAAAACUUUUCAUUUUUUUUGGUUAA